UUAUUGUCGCCCUUGUUUAGUUGUUCUGUUUCAGUUGAACUACUUUCUCUUCUACUCCACACUCUCUGCAACAUCGUCUACUCGGUUAUCUUCCACCCUCAAACCAAACUUCAUCUUUCUCUCUUCAACAAUGGCGUCAACAGCUCUCUCUCACUCUCUCUCCUCACCCCUCAAUUCACACUCCUCUCUUUCCCAUCGCACAAAUCUCACUCUCUCACCCAAUUACACUCCCUCGAUCUCUCCUUUAAAACUCAGAUCCCUUUCUCUCUCCUCAACCACCCCCUCUUUCGUCACCUUCGCUUCCUCCGACGCUUCCGCUACCAACAUAUCCAAUGAUGAGAUCCCCAUUGAAAAGAGAUUUCCAGCAUUCCCUACUGUUAUGGAUAUUAAUCAAAUUCGCGACAUUUUGCCUCACAGAUUUCCGUUUCUGCUAGUAGAUAGAGUUGUAGAGUAUACUCCAGGAGUAUCGGCGGUUGCUAUUAAGAAUGUUACGAUUAAUGAUAAUUUCUUCCCUGGCCAUUUUCCUGAGAGGCCUAUUAUGCCUGGUGUUCUCAUGAUUGAGGCAAUGGCACAAGUUGGUGGAUUGGUCAUGCUGCAACCUGAAGUUGGAGGAUCUCGUGACAAUUUCUUCUUUGCUGGUAUCGACAAAGUAAGAUUCAGGAAGCCAGUGAUUGCUGGGGACACCUUGGUGAUGCGAAUGACACUCGUCAAACUCCAAAAACGCUUUGGUAUAGCGAAAAUGGAAGGCAAAGCAUAUGUUGGAGGUGAGGUAGUCUGUGAAGGAGAGUUUUUGAUGGCUAUGGGUAGUAGUUCAAGUGAAUGAACAUGAUCGUGUUUUUAGUUUAAAUUAUUUGUUUUCACCAUUUGUUUUUCCAACAUUAAUUUAAACUAGAAUUUGCACAAGACAGAGAUCUUCUGUAAGUCUCCAGUCGGAAUUCUGUAGUUCUUAAUACAUGAGCUGAGCUGAAACGUGCAAUUUAGUUUGUUCUAUUCUAUUUUCAA